AUGACAAUUGAAUUGGAUAAGAGAAGAAAAGAGCUACAUAUUUUGAAUGUAAAAUCUUGGGCAGGAGAGUUUACAUACGAAACUGCUGCCAAACUAGAUUCCUCAUUGAAGAAGAAUUCUACCUUUAUAAAAAAAGUAAAAUCAAUCAGCAAUGAAUCAUCACUGUCAAUACUAAAAGAUAUUCAAACAUUAUCUAUCGAGAAAUACUUGAGCGAAGUGUUAACUUCCUUGACUGAAGCGUUGUCAAAAGUCUCCAAGAGUGAUGAUAUUUUAGCCGCCAUGGAAGUUGUUUCGGCUUUGCACCAAAGAUUUACUUCCCAAUUUUCGCCAAUGCUUUUGGUAAAUAUGUUAGUAGCAAUUUCCAACCCAGGUCCCAACGAAGUGACUGACGAAAAAGAGGAUACAUCCCGUAUUUUAAGACAAAGAAAUCUUUUGAAGUUGAUUAUGGAGUUUUAUAUAAUCGGAAUAUUCACCAAUUUGAAAAUGUGCAGUAAAGACAUUAUUCCUGAUGAAAUAUUGGUAAAGUAUGCAAAAUCAGCUUCAGAACCAAUUAUAAUUGUUGUGCUAAAGGAUUUAUUAACUUACAAAAUUAAACUGGGAAACACUUUAGCAAUAGUUCAGUCAUUUUUAAAAAGAUUCAAACAUAUAAUAUAUGAUUCCACCAAUGAGCUAUUACAAUUUGAAGUGAGAAAUGUGCUUCAACAAAUUUUCACAAUUUAUACCAGGACAAUCUUUGAGACACUGGUUGAAUUGAAAAAGAGAGUGCACCAAGUGACGGAGAAAGGCAAAAAGGCGUCAAUCAGAACAGGUCGCAUAUUGGAGGAAAAUCAGAUCGAGAUAGAAAGUGUCACCAAGCUAUUUGAAAAGUUUAAGUCUACGUCCGAGUUUGUAUCGUCAAUUCUUGAUGUUCCUUUACCAAAUGAGCUUCAAGCAGAUGACCAGGAUAAAGAGGGGGAAGAGCCUACAAAUGCUGUGGUAGAAGUGGUUAAAUCCAAGUCUAUGAACGAAGACGAUCUCAAUGGGGUUUGGGAAGAUAUUAAGGAAAAGAAUUUUUACACUGUGAUUCCUCUGGUAGGCGAGCUAAUCGAGGCACAUCCAAACACAGACAAAGAAUCACGGACAUCACAAUCCAGAGAUGGAGAGAGAAUUCAAGCUUUUUUGCAAAAAUUGGAAAAUAUCAACUCAUAUGAAUUGGAUCAAUUGGUGGUUGAAUUCAACAACUUAAACUUAAACAAUAAGGCGACCAAAAAUAGAAUUAUGAAAUUUUUCGUGGACACUGCAAGUAUCGACAGCUUGAAGUACUACACUAGGUUUCUCAAAAUAAACGAAGUGAACCUAUCUGACUUGAUAGAAGAAUUAAUCAACUACUUGGACAAAGGUUUCAGAUCGCAGCUUUAUCAAAACAAAUUGAAUUUUAAGAAUAUUUUAUUUUUCGUUGAAAUGAUUAAGUUCAAAAUGAUCCCAACACACAUAAUAUUUCACAAAAUCCGAAAAUUGACUUUGAAUAUCACCUCUACAAAUAACAUUGACAUCCUUUCUGUGUUUUAUGAACAUGUGGGUCGAUUCUCAUUGAAUGAUCCUGAUUAUAAAGAUUUGAUGCGAGAAAUGAUUGACAUGUUGAAGGAAACACUGAAGAGACCUAACUUAAAAAUUAACGACAAACUAGCAAUAAAUAACUUACUUCUUAUUGUUGAGCCCCCAACAACAAAGGUGAAAUCAUUGCAGACAAAGCCUGAAUUAUCUCCAAAACUGCAAUUUAUUCAAAGAUUAAUCAGGGUUGAAUUGGAUAAUACAUCACUUCCAUUGGUAGUAAACUUGUUAAAAAAAAUUCAUAUGAAACAAGAGGAGGAAUGCUGCGCUACAAUUUUAGAUUGCUUUGCCCAUCCUGAAUUGAUUAAUUACGACAACAUUACAGCAUUGGCUGCUGUUUUAGAAGUAUACUUCACCAAAUAUAAGAAAAUUGUUGUUUAUACCGUUGACACCACAAUCGAGAAUAUCAUCCGUGGAUUGGAACUCAAUGAUUAUAGAAUGAAUAGAGUUAGAAUGGCACAGGUCAAGUUUGUCGCGGAAAUGUACAACCAUAGGGUAAUAAAUUUCAAACUUGUUAAUGAUUUAUUAUACCGGAUUCUUUGCUUUGGUCACCCAAAUAACCAACCUUUACCGAAUAACUGGGAUGUUGAAAUUGAUUUACCAGAUAACUACUUCAGAAUCCAGUUGUGUUGUUCAUUGUUGAACAAUUUAAAAUCAAUCUUUAUUGAUACUGACGUACUUUCGAAAAAGAAAGCACAUAAUCGUGCAGUUGAGUUGAAGAAAAGGAAUGACAUAAAUAAAGAUUUAUUGGGAGUUUUUAUAACAUUUUUGCAGUAUUACUUGUUUUGCAAGGAGAAGCCAUUACCUGUUGAGCUAGACUUUAAAUUAAACGACUUGUUCACCAAAUACAAAAGCAUACCUACCGUUAAGCGGUAUGACACUUUACAAGAGAUAGGAAAAAGACUCCAAGAGCUGAUUCAGAGAAAAAGGGAGGCAGAAUCCUAUUUGGACAACAGCGAUGAGGCGUUGGUGGUUGAUGAUGAUGAUGACGACGAGGACGUUACUGAAGAUUAUGACAAUGGUGAAGACAUUGACUCAGAUGAAGAUGACGAGGACGACGAGGACGAUGAAGAUGGCGAGAGUGAAGAAGAUAAUGAUGAGGAGAGUGAGCGAGAAGAUGAUAUUAGUGACACUGAAAGCGAAGGAGUCUCUGAAGAAGACAGGUUGCGUUUAGAAGCCGAAAAGAAGUUCAUGGAUGAUCUUGAUAAAGAGUACCAAAAGAUUUUGAUUGAUUCCUACGAUUUAUCUUCGUCACAGAAUUCCUCUAAUAGAAAUAAAUUAUUAAUGCCAACACCACGGAAACUAUUUGUUGAAAAAAAUCUUGUAACUCCUUCAACUGACAAGAGCAAAGUUUCGUUUGGGUUGUUAACUAGAAAAGGUAAAGCUACAGAUAUCAAGAAACUUCAACUUCCAAGUGACACCAAGUUUGCUGAGUCGGUAUUAAAGGAAAAAGAACAUCAACGACAAGAUCGUGAACGAAUCAUGAAGUUGGUUUCCAAUAUGGAAUGA